UGUGUGGCGAGGACUGGGUUAGUUUCCCGGAUGGAGUUCCGUCGCCAUUUUUAGUCCAGUGCUACCGGUAGAGUCGGGACGCUGAGCCACUGUUGCUCCGCUAGGAAUCGCUGACUGAGACAGACGCACCUAACGUCGAGCCUCUGCUCCUGCGCCCGGAAAACAAACGCCAGCCCCGGCACCGAACAUCAUGGCAGAUCGAGACAACCUAGUAUACCAGGCCAAACUCGCCGAGCAGGCGGAGAGAUACGAUGAAAUGGUUGAGUCCAUGAAGAAUGUAGCCGGCAUGGAUGUGGAGCUCACAGUAGAGGAGAGGAACCUGCUAUCCGUGGCGUAUAAGAACGUCAUCGGCGCCAGGAGAGCGUCCUGGAGGAUAAUCAGCAGUAUUGAACAGAAGGAGGAGAACAAGGGCGGAGAGGACAAAUUAAGAAUGAUCCGGGAAUACAGGCAAACGGUUGAGACUGAGCUGAAGUCAAUCUGUAACGACAUUCUGGAUGUACUGGACAAGCAUCUCAUUCCAGCUGCAAACUCGGGAGAGUCCAAGGUUUUCUACUAUAAAAUGAAAGGCGAUUACCACAGGUAUCUGGCAGAGUUUGCCACAGGGAACGACAGGAAGGAGGCGGCAGAAAACAGUUUGGUAGCUUACAAAGCUGCCAGCGAUAUCGCAAUGAUAGAACUCCCACCAACACACCCCAUCCGUUUAGGUCUUGCACUGAACUUCUCCGUAUUUUAUUAUGAAAUCCUCAAUUCCCCUGACCGUGCAUGCAGGUUGGCAAAGGCAGCGUUCGACGACGCCAUCGCAGAAUUGGACACGUUGAGUGAAGAAAGCUACAAGGACUCCACACUCAUCAUGCAGUUGUUACGCGACAACCUGACACUAUGGACUUCAGACAUGCAGGGAGACGGUGAAGAACAGAAUAAAGAAGCGCUGCAAGAUGUGGAGGACGAAACCCAGUGAGACUUCAUGGCCAAUACGAGACCCCUCCCCCUCCCCCUCCAGCCCCGCCUCCAGCCCCGCCCCCUGCCCCAUGUCACAGAGAGAGCCACUAAACCCGGCUUUUCCCCAGGCUCUCCUCAAUAGCUCAACGCCCCCUGGGGCCUCUUAGGGUUGACUUUUUUUUUUUUUUUUUUUUUUUUUUUUGCUUCCUUUUUUUUAAGGUUAUUUUUUAUUACCCAUUUCAUUCAAACACAUGAAACUAAAACACUUAAUUGAUAACAAAUAAAAAUUUUGAAAGGCAAAGCUUAGAGUCCCUGGAUUUUUUUUUUCUGGUACAGGCUGUCUUGAUAAUUCAUAGACCUGGAUCCCCCUUUGUUUUCAUUUCUUUCUUUGUUUGCUUUUUUUCCACAGCAUUUUAUCAGUUGCUGGAUGUAUUUUGAGUAUUGUUCAUGUAAUUACAGAAAUUAAUUUUUAUUACCGAAACAUCUGCUAUAAUUAGAUGUGGGAACUGUAAUAUUUCUGUGUUAGUGCAAACAUCAGUUGCAAAUUAGAGAAAAAUAAAGUUUUACAAAGGGCAUUCUCAUUUUAAAAAGGAAUAAAGUGCUCUUUCUUUCAUUGUUACUUUCUGUUACAGUUUCAGAGGAAGUUGGCAGAAUUCUGAAUAUCCAUGUGGAGCAAAAUGCCUAAAACCUUUACACUUUAGUGGUUAUCAUGUCCUGUAGUGUUCUGGACUGUACUUUGUGCUAAAAUACUGUAUUGCGCACACCCUUGCUGAUUUCAGGAGAUGGCUGGUAGCGGUUUCAAAAAUCCCAAGGAGCCUUGUUGCUUUGUUUCCCGUUCUCAGAAAAAAAAAGCAGGUCUGCAUUGGCAUUUGUCAAAAGUUCAAGUUAAUUUAAAAAAAAAAAAAAAAAAACCUGCGUCUGUUAUCGUUAAAGUAUAUUUAAUUUUUUUCCUCC